AACAUGAACCUUGGGUGGCACAAAUAUGGUGAGACACAAUGAAACAUCAUUAUGAGUUGGCAUUUGCCAUCCACUUAAAAGAUUACAUAAACAUACCGACAAUCCUGAGGCCAAAUACAGCAACAUUGGAGCAUGGUUCAACUUUUGCAGUGUUCCAAACUACCCCAAGACCUGUGGGAACAUCACAGCCAAGAAGGCAUACUUUUUAUAAAGGUGCCUUGUUUAAAAAGAAAUGAUGGAAAAGACUUGGAGGUGUUUAGCAAUGUUCGAGAGAUGGACCUGGGAGAAGAUAGUUUCUCUUUAAGCGAAAGAAAUUCUGACAUGCUCUUGGGGGAAUCCAUUGCUUCAAGUGGUGAAGGGAAUUGAUUCGGGGACUGUUCAUCCAGAAAACUCCUAGGAUUAAGCCUCUAUUUAUAGUGGAGAGGCUUGGUAUGAAUACAAAUACAAGUGGGAAGUACUGUACAUAAUUGAUACUCAUCAAUGGUUGUCUUAAUCUACUAUUCUAGAAAAUAGGCCUGAUUAAUUGAAUAAAUGAACAAUCAUUAUUUUCAUAACACUCCCCCUUGAAUGUUCAUUUUUCAAUUAAUGAUGGGUACUUCG